UUUGAAAAGGAUUGAAAUUCGAAUCCCUAUACAAUGUUGAUGUUAUUUGUAGAGAAGCAAAUUCACGGAUGACCUCGUACAAAGUUUGAUAAAUUAUUCGUCUUUUUUGGUCAUGGCUGCUUGCCGACCUCGAACGCUAACCCACCAGUUCCUGCAACAGCAUCGCCACCGUCACCCGGGAGCUAUACAAGGUCUUCACCAGCAUUCUCACUACUCGCCCCAAAUACUCAACUGGGUUUACCUCGCCAUUGCUGACCAGAGCCAACUUCAUCACUCUCACAACCAGCAAGGAACAUGGAACAACUUCUCGACCUCACAGAUGCAAUCGAAUGCUCAGCAAACUUCUAGCGCCAACCUUAGAGAUAACCUUGGUGACCUUGGCGAACACUUUAGUGAACUCUGCCUCCUGGAAAGUAAAUCAACCAAGAGACCACCUUCGACUUACCUCUGUCACCUCUGCUUUAAGAAAGGACACUACAUCAGAGACUGUCCCCAGGCACGUCCUAAAGGCGAAGGACUAACUCCCUACCAGGGUAAAAAGCGAUGUUUCGGAGAAUACAAGUGUCCAAAGUGUAAGCGCAAGUGGAUGUCCGGCAAUAGCUGGGCAAACAUGAGUCAACAGUGCAUUAAGUGCCACAUCAAUGUCUACCCACACAAGCAGAGACCUUUAGAGAAGCCAGACGGACUGGAUGUAUCCGACCAAAGUAAAGUGCAUCCUCAGCAACUCUGUGAAAAAUGCAAGAGUCUGGGUUACUACUGUAGGCGCCGACAAUGAAGUGACGAUUGAACUCUGUUCGUCAAACUUUCUUCAAAACCCUACAAACAUUGUAAACUGAAGAUGGAACUUCUUUUAAUGGACAUAAUUGUAAAUGUUAUAUUUCGUAUAGUAUUUUUAUCGUUGAGUACUAGAGUUGUUUAUUUUGUAGUCCAAAUAUACAUGAACGUUAAAUACAUAAUGCUUUGAAAGUAACAAAAUAUUGCAAAAAUGUAAAUAAAUUUGAACAGAUAGAUUUCCGAAACAAAUUUAACGAAAAAAUCUUGACGUGAUUUAAAAUUUUUUUAUUUUUAUAACAAUAUAGUUAGAAGCAGGUAAUUUAUUGAUGUUAUUG